AUGACCGUGGUCGCGACCGAUGCGCCAAUGCUUGUGCUCUUCAUCGCGGGUUGGUACCUCCCACCGGUGCUGUGGAUCUACUACCGCCGCGCCCGCCACAUCUGUCUCAAGUACCGGCUCCCACGCCGCACCGCUGUGCCCAUGUUGCUCCUCACGGUCUACGCGCUCCUGAUGCCAGCAACGAGCGUCUUUGGGAAGAACUGGCCGAGUAUUGGGAGCUACGUCCUCACAUUUAUUGUGAUUCCCAUGGCGCUGGUCUUCUUUAUCAUUACCGAGACCAUGAUCGUCGUGCUCUUUCAGAUCACAGAGCUGCUCAUGCUGCCACAGUCCAGCACGCCGCGCAAAGUCCGGCGGCUCAUUCUAUAUCGAUGGCUAUUGCAUCCGCCCAUCCAGAUCGUCCUCUCCGCGCUCGUCCUCGUCGGGCUUGUCGUACCGUUCUUGCGCAUCGAUGCCAAGACUCUCUUCCUGCCCGACGCCAUUGGCACAGUCUCGCCGCAGUACCAGGAAUUCACUUCGAUUCUCAUUGUUGAAAUCGUCGGCCUCCUCCUUCUCGUGCUGGUCCUUUCGUGGUACAUCAGCCACGUUGUCGACAACUUUGGGCUGCGUCGCUCGUACCAACAGACCUUCCGCGGCAUUGUCCUCGUCCUUGUCCUCAUCGUGCUCGCGCGCGUCGCCGCCGACGGCGUGCAGGACGAUACACUCCGGAGGCUAAAGCUCCCGAGCUUCUUCUCGGUCAUUGGCGCCCAUACAAUGCUCUACUUUCACGUCUUCUUGCCCGUGCGCGCGAUGCGGGCGUCCGGCGACGCCACGCUGCGCCGCGUGCAGCGGUCGCCGUCGCGGAUCCACCCGCACAACAUGCUCGAGAAAAAAUCGAUUUUGGAAAAAUUCUUGACCGACGACCACCGGUUCCGAACCUUCUUGACGUUCGCGCGGAUGGAGUAUACGACCGAGCCGCUCCUGGCGCUGCAAGCAAUCGGUGCGUUUGAAGCCGGCGAGGCGUCUCUCAGUGCCGCGUCGCACCUUCUGGCGCAGUGCCUCUCGCCCCGCUGCGAGCUCGAAACCGAGGUCGGCAAACGUCUAAGUCCAGUGUACCACGACAAGCUCAUCGAAUUGCGCAACGCCGACGCGCCGCGGACGCCGCCGCAAUUUUUCCACGCGUUUCGCCAAGAGCUCUUGGUGUGGAUCCUGCACGAGCUCGUGCCCGAGUUUGUGGAACACCCGCUCGGCGUCGAGUACGUCGCGUUCAUGCGGCUCGAAAAGUCUAUGGACCGGCUCAACGUCGUCUUGGCGUGCGUCGAAGACAUUGAUACGAACUAG